AACUGAAGAGGCCAAGGCGCUGGUCACGGGCGGAGGGAUACGUUUCCCUGGGAACAUCACGAUUUCCGCCUGUGUGUGAUGCAGAGUACAAGGAAAGGAAGCCUACUUGGUGAAUAAAGUAUGGAUUCUCUCCAGAUAUCCUUGUGCUGCACCUCACGGCUAGUCGUGUGUUUACCUCCAUUUUAACAGCAAUACCCAACACGGAGCUUUGGGUGGACUAAGAGACCCUGGUUAAGACAGCAGCAGCUACCCUCGUUUCAACCACAUCACUCCACUUUGAAUAUUUCCCAUCUCUAAGCAGAGAAGCAAAUAUGCCUCUUAUUCUAAGAAAAAGAGAAAAUGAUCAGGAGGACAAGUUAAACAGUACACGUACUUUAAGUGAAGGAGAAAAAGAUCAGGAUAUCAUUAGUAGAUCACUUCCUCUAAGUAAAAGAGAAAAUGUUCAGGAGGAAAAGUUUGAAGAUGCCUAUGAAAUUAUCCCUGUGGCAACAACAAUGAAUCUCCUGUCUUCUUUGGAAGAAUGCACAACUGGACUAUACUUAUUUCUGAAUAACAGAUUCACAGAUGCAGUAAAUCUCAUUUACCCGUGGUCUAAAAACAGCACAUACCAUGCCCUAUUAUACAGUAUGCUUAUGGUUGUCAAAGCCAUCCUGACUUUUGAUCCACAGGACAUACAGAUUGGGAUGAAUGCUGCAAAGGAAGCUUUGAAAACCUGUAACAAUUUCCGAAGAAGAACUAGGAUAAUGACUUUAUCUCGUAUAGUGAGUAGACAGGGAAUAAGAGCUGUCAAAGAAGAAGAAUUACAUGCAGAAGUCUGUUAUGCUGAGUGUUUGAUCUUGAAAUCUUCCAUAGCAUUUAUACAGGAUGACAGUAUGAUUAGUUUUCUUAAAAGUGGGCUCAGCAUUGGGUCAAGUUAUCAAAUAUACAAAGAUUGUCAACAGGUAUUAACUCUUAUGCCUCACAGCCACAGCAAAGCCCACAGACACUUGGUUGGAGGGAUAAAAUUUGGACUUGGAUCAUUUAAUUUGAUGUUAUCACUUGUGCCACCAAAGACACUUAGACUUCUCAAUGUUGUUGGACUUUCUGGGGAGAGAGAGGUAGGCUUGGCUUUGCUUCAUGAGAGUGCAUCUGAAACUCAUAUAAAUAAUAUUUUAAGUGUUUUCACUCUACUCUUUUAUUACAGUUACAUCCAUGUAGCUUUUGGUGUUGAAAAAGUUUCCAGUUUGGCUACAGAGAAUCUCUUCCUCAUAUACCUCCAGAAAUUUCCAAACUGUGUUGUACUUAAAUUUUUUCAUGCACGUUUUAGUAUGUUGAGAGGAAAUUUUGAAAAAGCACAAUUGAAAUUACAUGAGUGCAUUUUUACUCAAAACGAAUGGAAACAGGUUCACCACCUCUGUUACUGGGAACUCAUGUGGUGCCAUAUUUUUCUGCAGGAUUGGAAGCAGGCUUAUAACUAUGCCCAUCUACUGUAUGUACAUAGCAGAUGGUCCAAGGCAAUAUAUGUGUAUAGUAAAGCUAUCAUAUUGGCCUUACUUCCUCCUGAUUUUGUGAAAUCACUGAAUGAUAACAUAACCUCUCUCUUCUUAAAUGUGGAAAACCUGAGAAUCAAAAUUUUAGGCACCCCUGUGCCAAUAGAAAAGUUUGUUGCUGAGAAAGGUCAGCGCUAUGGUACUACUACAGGCUGGUUUACAGCACAGCCCCUUCUGGAAUUCAUUUAUGCCUGGAGUGGUUUCCGAGUCAUGAGCAAAAAAAUAGAGCUUAUUUCAAGCUGGCUAUCAAUAAUUAACAAAGGAAAAGACCUUUUGCAGGAAAAUCCAAAUGAGGAAUAUGGCACAGAUGACAUAAGUUUCUUAAAUUUGCUGAAAGGGCUAUGCCUGAAACACCUAGGCAAAUAUUUGAAGGCUGAGCAUUACUUUAAUCGUGUUAUUCAAAAGGAGAAGUUUUUAAAAUAUGACCACUAUUUGGUGCCAUAUACUUACUAUGAACUAGGAAUUCUACACUAUCUGAAAGGAGAUUUUGCCAGUGCAACAAAAUAUCUAGACAACAUAAAGAACUAUAAAGACUAUUCCAUGGAAGCCCGGUUACAGUUUAGGGCUCAUAUAGCCCUUGAACAAAUAGCUAAAGAAAAGUGAUUUAAACACAAAGUGUGCUUUUGUUUAGCACGAGUGGAAUAUCUACAACCAGCAAAAUAAUUAGCAGGUAGAAAAAUCAUUUCUUUGUGGAAAAGGAAUUCAAGAGGCAGCUGCUAAGA